AAACGGGAUACGAGCAGCACGCCUGAGCGAAAAAGAGAGACAUCCAAAUUGAAAAAUAAAAUUUAGCGAUUGCCAGUAAAAUUCCAAAGUAACGAUCAUUCAUAGAGCAGUUACCAGUUCAUAAGCACGGCAAUCACGUCAAGUGUAUUAACUAGCAGCCUGAGUAGUAGCAACAGCAACAACAGCAGAGAGCGCGCGACACUCCGAACUAUUUCAGCGAAUACAAGCGAAUGAAGUGAACAGUUCGAGAAAGUCAUACUACGAAUUCGAAGCUCGGUCGCACUCUCUAUCUCUCCGCUCACUCAAAUACUCACUCACUCACAUAUAAAGCACGGUAACACGUUGUAUAAGGCGUAUAAAGGAACGUGUGAGCGCGCGCGGAGGAAAGAAUCGAAAAAGAACAAUAUUCCAUACACACAAGCUGUGUACUACACACAGCCGUCAACCGGGGCGCACACAGAGAGGGAAAGAGAGCAAAGCACACCGAAAAGCCAAACAUACACACAGAGUGUAAGCAAUAACAUCAGUCACUGUGUGAUUCGGCAUUUGAUAUCAGUAUCGUUACUAAAGUCAUCGAGAUCGGUUGCUUGAAACUGUUUAUCUUAAUUGCGCCAUUUAUAUAUGAGAAAUUUUUGCGUAGCAAACGACAAGUCUUGAUUUUUGCCAAUUGUUUGAGAGAAAAAAAUCCCGAAAUUUUCCUGGUCGAUCCAAUUCUAUUUUGAAAAAUUGUUAGUGUAACAAAAAAAAUUAAAAUCGAAAUUUCCAUCAAAAUUUUGAAAACAAAAAAAUUUAGGCGAUUUUACGACGACACGAUUUUUGCGUGAAAAUUUGAAAAAUUGUGGAAACAACGACAAAGUGCUGAAAAUUAUUUCAUCAAUCAACUCAAAGUCCGGUGUGAAUAAAAUUUUGCGAUUUCACCGCCUUCAACGCGAAAUUUGUGUGUAUCAGUCCAUGUGUUUAAAUGUGACAAGUCUGUGACGAGUGCGCGACGGAGUCAUAAAAUUAUUUUUGAUUAUUAUUUUUACGAUUAUUGUUAUUACUAUUUUCCCACACAUAAAAAAAUAAACUCUCACUCGGGCUAAAACAAGUUGACAAGAGCCAAACAAAAACGAGGAACAAAUAAACAUUAUAAUCGCAAUAAAAUAAAAAUCAAACAGAUCAGUGUCGUCAAAACAUACUAUAAAAUAUUUAACAAUUCUAUGGAUUUUUUGACCGUCGUAUCAAAUUGAUAUUAAACCAAAUAAUAAUCAUAAUACUGAAGACAACAAAAAAGAGAGAAAUAUAUCGAGAGUCAUCAAACAAACGAGAAACAUUUCACAACUGAGAGGUGGUGAUGACAUUUAUGGUUAAUAAAACUCAUUUGAAAAUGAUUUGAAUGCGAUUAAUUUGAUUUUUUUUAAUUGACAACUUCUUUAUUCGAUCGCGUGAUAGCAUAGACAAAACAGAAAAAACUUUUCCCAGUUUUAGCAAGAAAAAAAAUUAAUUGGAAGCUACAUUUUGGAAAAAGAAAUCGAAACCCUUUUUCAUUGAAGAACUGAAUUGGUGAAUUUUUUUGGUGGUGAACAAAAAGCAAAAUCCGCUAAAGUGUUAACAACAUUGAAGUGACGAGAGUCUGUAAUUUACUCUGAACAAAUGUGUUUUAUUUCGUGUUUAAUUCGAGUUUAAUGUAUUUUUGCUUCUGAAUUGCUCAAGUUCUUCAGCAAGAAACUAUUAAUUAUACUCACAGCAAUUUUCUUCAAUAAACUCGUCUACCUGUGAAACUCGCACACACACACAUACACACCUUGAGUGAAAACGAGCGAGCCACGAAUAAGCGAACCACAACAGAAUACUAAUAAAAUUGAGAUUUGUGCUUUAGAUGGCUUACAUAACAAACACUUGAGCGCGAAAGGGAAUUUACUGAACGAAGCCAGCGAACACGUGAAACAAAGUGAACGUUCUAAUUACGAAUUGAACGAGAGAAAAAAAACGAUAAAUAUAAAAUUGCAACAAAAAUCAGUUUUCAUUUUCGAUUGAUCUUGAAAACGGCCUAAUCAUUCUUGCCAAUAUGAAUUCAUAUUUUGAACAGAGCGGUUUUUACGGUCAUCCGCAUCAAACAAGCGGAAUGAGCAUGGCAGCGGGUGCACAUCAUGAUCAAAGUGCAACAGCCGCAUACAGAGGUUUCCCAUUGUCACUUGGCAUGACACCAUACGCAAAUCAUCAUUUACAUCAAUCACGAUCGACACAAGAUUCACCAUACGACGCAAGCAUAACUGCCGCUUGCACAAAACUCUACGAUGGAUCCUAUAACAAAGAUUGUGCCAAAACUGGAUCCUCAAGCGACACAAAUGGCUACAAAGAUGUGUGGAACACAUCCGGAUCGAAUGCUCAAAACAAUUCGACACCAGUUCGACCAUCAGCUUGCACACCCGACUCCCGUGUUGGUGGCUACUUGGACGCAGCCAACGGCAGCCCAGUCGGUCGCUCUGGAAAUGGCUCAUCAUCGGGCGUCUCAGCUAAUGCUUGGAAUUCAUCACAAUGUGGCAUCACCGGAGCCAGUGGCCAAGUUGCUGCCGCAGCAUCUGGACUCCACCAAGCCAGUAAUCACACAUUCUAUCCAUGGAUGGCUAUCGCAGGUAAACGAUAUGCAGAUUCGCUAUCGGGGUCAUUACUUCCAGAUUGGAUAGGUGCCAAUGGAUUACGUCGACGUGGCCGACAAACCUAUACGAGGUACCAGACGUUGGAAUUGGAGAAAGAAUUCCACACAAAUCACUAUUUGACCCGAAGACGUCGCAUCGAAAUGGCGCAUGCUUUAUGCCUAACAGAACGACAAAUCAAAAUUUGGUUCCAAAAUCGGCGCAUGAAAUUGAAAAAGGAAAUUCAAGCAAUCAAAGAGCUCAACGAACAAGAGAAACAGGCACAAGCUCAAAAAGCCGCCGCAUCUGUACACGAUCAAUAAAUUUUCACUCACACACCCAUUAAAAUUACGAAAUAAAAAAAGAAACAGUUUAAUAUAAUAAUCGUAAAUUGAAGUAAAACAUUAUGAAAUACACUAAAUUUACGUAAAAUAAUGAGAAAAAAAUCCUUACUCUACUAUAAAACUGAAUACAAAGUAAUAAUAUAUGAUGAUGGAUUAGUAUGUGUAAAAAAAAGCCGUAGAAGAAAAAGCUAAGCUCUCACUCAAUCUCAUUUUGCGGAGAAUACAAAAUAUUUCAAGGCUAAUUUGCUUUAGAAAGAAACCAUAGUCUGUCACUCCUAUCUUCUUUUCUUUUAAAUGCAUCAGAUAUCUUUAUUUAUUUUGUUUAUUUUUUUAUUUUGUUCCCCAGCCAUUUCAUACUCUCUAAUCAGUAGAUUCAAAUGUAGUGAAGAAUAGAGGUAGACAAUUGAAGACAGCAGAAAGAUACACAGAUUAAGCAAAUUGCAAAUUUAUAGAUUUUAAAUCGAUACAAGACACACAGACAUUGGCAAAAAAGAAACCAAGACCCCAUAGAAAAUCAGAUAAUUUAUGGUAUUCAGUAAAUGUUCUUUUUUUGGUUUCUGAAAUCUCAGUAUGGGUUUCAGUGAUUCUUUUAAUCACCCGCAAACAUUUCAAUUUAUUAACGAUCUAUUUGGGACAACUUGAUCAGCGACUAAAAAAACCAAUUCUAACAAUAAAACUGAAUACGAUGAAAAAAAUAAACACUCCCGUCUUUCGAAUUCUUGAUGUGCAAUUGAAAUUUUUCUUUGGGAAAAUUUUUAUGAUAUUUAUUUUAUAAACGGAGACAAGAGAAACAACAAGAAGAUUAAGAAGCAACCACCAUCAAAAUUCGAUCGUUCAUCAUAAGCUUUUAUUUCACUGGUUUGAGUUUACUUUAAUCGUUGCAUUUUUUGCAGUAUACGGUGCCAAAGAAUUAAAAGAAAAAAGAAGAGAAUAAUCACGUGCAAGCAAUUUUAUCCAUGAAUAUGUCGAAUGACGGUGAUGUUGCAGUUGCUCGAUGGAAAUUGGUUCGAUUUUGUCUUUUUGCAAUUUUUUGUUAUUGUUCUUCUUCUUAAAGCGUAAUUUAUGUAUUGAUUAAACAGGCGUGUGUCUUAUAUUUGAAUCCACAAGUAACAAAAUGAUUUUCGAUGAAACAAUAUUUUUCUUUCUAUCCCAGUGAUUGUUUUCUUCAUCCUAUUAAAUGCUAAGAUUUUGAUUUAAAAAUGUUUACAAUUUGUUGGUAUUAUUUUUCUUAAAUGUCUUUUGCAAAUGUUCUGAACUCUAAAAAUGAAAAAAGUCUUUGCCACUUUCAUUUUAUUUGUAUGAAUUAUUAAAAAAUUGUGUUUAUCGUCAACUUUUUUUGUAAAUAAAAUGAUAUUGUGUUUCUUUUAGUUUAAACUACCGUUUGAACAGGCAGAAAAGAGUAAAAAAAUAGAAAUAUUCCGCAAAAAUUCAAUACGUAUGUAUUAGGUAAUAAAAACACACAACACUAAAGUAUAAUACAAAACCUAUUUGAUAAGGAGCUUUAAAGAAAACAAAAAAGUUUUGCAAGGAAUCAUAUUAAAACUGGCAUAAAAACAACAAACCACCAAAAUUUAGUUUUUGGAAUGGUCAAAAGAAAUUCAUUGCAAAAAAUGUACAAGUAUUUUAUGAGAUUUGUUUUUUUUCUUAUUCUCCUAAGUGCAAACCAUUCAAAAUGCCGAAUAAAAAGCAGCCAACCAAAUGAAUGCUUAACUUAAUGGCAACAAACGAAACAAAA